AUGGCUGCCCCCGAUACUACUUCUAUUCCCGGUUAUACCAUCUUCCGGGAGACCGACUAUGACAGUGUGGCCGCUGCCGCCAUGCUUCCACAAAACACUCCUCACCCACUGGACCAGCUUAGUAUUCGGGAAAUUCCCGAUGCAGCUCAGAUUAUCCGUGAUCACUUGAGCCCACGGACCGUCAAAUUUAAUUGCAUCACCUUGCGCGAGCCGACCAAGGCCGAAUACCAGGCUUUUCGUGCGGGUAAGAUUCCUGCCCCGGAUCGUCGGGCGUUUGCCAUCGUUAUCGAGCGCGAGAGCCAGCAGGUCUCCGAGUUGGUGGUGAACUUGAAAACCAAAAAGGUCGAAAUCUACAAGCACGUCAAGGAUGUUAUGCCCACUUUGACGCUGGAAGAUUUGGACAUUAUGGAGCGGGUCGCCCGUCAGGAUCCUCGUGUCGCUCGCGCCUGCGAGGAGAUUGGCAUCACGGAUAUGAGCAAGGUCUACUUCGAUGCCUGGGCAAUUGGUAUUGACGAGCGGUGGGGCUUUGAGCGCCGUCUACAGCAGGGUCUGGCCUACUACCGAGCAUCGGAGUUUGACAACCAAUAUGCUCACCCUCUGGAUUUCAAUGUCAUCGUCGACACCGAGACGGAGGAGGUGCUCAGCGUUGACGUGCGCCUGGUGAAUGGCGAGCGUACCCCGAUCCCGCUGCAGGAACACAACUACCUGCCUGAGUUCAUCGGCGAUGGGUACAUCCAUGACCGUCUCAAGCCCAUUGAUAUCAUCCAGCCCCAGGGUGUCUCUUUCAAGGUCCGUGGCAAUGAGUUGACCUGGGCCAACUACAAGAUGCACAUUGGCUUCAACUAUCGGGAGGGCAUCGUCAUCUCGGAUGUGCGUACUCACGACAUGUACGAGAACCGCGAGCGCACCCUCUUCAACCGUAUCUCCGUCGUGGAGAUGGUUGUACCUUACGGCUGCCCCGAGGGCCCUCAUCACAAGAAGCACGCCUUUGAUGUCGGCGAGUACGGCACCGGUCUGAUGACCAAUUCCCUCAAGCUAGGCUGUGACUGCAAGGGUGUCAUUCACUACAUGGACGGUGUCGUCUCGACCGCCAAGGGUGAGGCAGCCGUGAUCAAGAACGCCAUCUGCAUUCACGAGGAAGACAAUGGGCUGCUGUACAAGCACACCGACUACCGCGAUGGUACUGUGAUCUCGGCACGCGAUCGCAAGCUCAUCAUCUCACAGAUCAUCACGGCCGCCAACUACGAGUACGGCUUCUACCACAUCUUCUCCCUGGACGGUACCUACAAGCUUGAAAUGAAGCUGACGGGUAUGCUCAACACCUACUCCCUUCACUCCUCCGAAGAGGCCGCCCCUUACGGCACCCAGGUGGCGCCUCAAGUCACUGCACACAACCAUCAACACAUCUUUUCCCUCCGCAUCGAUCCAGAAAUCGACGGGCCCAACAACACCGUCGUCCAGAGCGACGCUGUCUCCGCCGACCACGCCGUGGGCUCUCCCGAGAACCCAUAUGGUAACGCCUUUUUGUGCAAAAAGACCCCUCUCCGCACAUCCCUCGAAGGUGCGGCCGACUACUGCUACGAGACCCAGCGCUCUUGGGACAUCAUCAACCCGAACCGAAUCAAUCCCAUGGCAAAGAAGCCCGUUGGAUACAAGAUCAUCAACAACAACUGCCCCCCACUGCUCGCCAAGCCCGGUAGCACCGUGUACAAGCGUGCCGGGUUUGCGCGCAAACCGCUGUGGGUCACUCCGUACAAGGACUAUGAGCUGUUCCCUGCAGGAGACUAUGUAUGUCAGUCCCAGGGCGAGGAAGGUCACCCACACAACUCAACCAUCGUGGAUUGGGCCAAGCGCAAUGAGAAUAUCGAGAAUACCGAUAUCGUCUGCUACUUGCAGUUUGGCCUGACGCACUUCCCUCGCACGGAGGAUUUCCCCGUCAUGCCUGCUGAGCCGGUGAGCAUCAUGCUUCGCGCGUCAAACUUUUCCGUGAAGAAUCCCGGUCUGUGGGUCCCUCCCUCGGCUAUCUGUGUCGAUACGCAGUCCAAAAAUGCAUUCUCUUCGUCUUGCUGUGCUGCCAAUGCACCCGCUAGCUCGUCGAGACUGUAA